CCCAGCAAAACCAUUCAGGGCACACAAGGGGGAGACUGAUAAACACAGGGAACCAGCAGAUUGAGGCCCCACUCCCCAAGACUGAGAAACCUUCCCCCAGAGCCAAAGGAUUGCCAACUGUUGCACCAGGAUGGUCUCAAUGAGCCCAUUGUCUUGGACUAAAUUACAGGGUCACGAAACUGGCUUGGGAGGCAGCCGCAGAAGCAGCUCCAGAUGGAGGCACGUGGGGGCGAGGGUGGAGUUUCACCCAGAGACCCAAGGCAGGGGCACUAACAACUUUCAUAGUGCAAAUGGUGACAGCUGUACAACCAACUCAACCCCAAACCCUGGCCUCCCCUCCCGCCACAGGGCUCCCGUUGAGACACGAGAGUUCUUCCCCAGAAAUCCCACCAGGGACCCAACACUUUCGGUUAGGAACUGAGAGCAGAGACCUCGAUCCCACAGGCAGGAGGAGAGCUCCGCACAGCACAGGGCCUCUCUCCAUCAGGGCUUACUGGAAAGUGGUCAGAUCCGCUCAGUCGUGCCAGUUGGACAUUUGGGACAAGGAAGGCCCCUGGAGGAGUGGUCGCAGGAAAGAGUUGCAAAGAGGCAGGGGCAGGGAGGUCACAUUCACUCGGGGACUGCAGGAGGCUCAACGGAACACCGUGGACCUAGGAAGACCCCGCCUUUCCCCCUCCCGGCCCACCAGAGGGCUCUGCCCAAGUCGGCCUAGGAGCCUCUCCGAGGGGCGGGGGCUCCAGGUUCCCGCAGAGGCAGGCCCGCCCCUCAGAAGCCCUGCCCCAGAGCGCUGGAGACCAUUGUGUGAGCUUCCCCUCCGCCUGCUGUAUUUACUCCCGCGGACGCAGGACGCAGAGCCCCAGCACUGGCAGUCACGAGGACGCAGGAAAGCGCACGCACUCACAGGCGCAGAGACGCGGACGCCAGACCCAGGCUUGGACCGAGCAGCCCCCGCAAGUCCCAACACACUUGUAAACCCCAAAGACAGGAAAGAGCCAAAAUGCUCUCCCUGCCCGCACGCAGGCCCCUUCUGCCCCCCACGGCCGGAUUCUGGGAGGCGGAUGAGGAUGUCCCCAGGCCUGGAUGGGGGCCAUGGGACAUCCCACUGUGGACCCUGCCACGACCUGGGAUGUGUCCGUUCGGUGCUCCUGGCCCACGGGCUGCACAACUUGGCGGACCCGAAACUGGCGUGGGGGAGGGGAAGGCUGUCCACCCGAGCAGGACGCGGCUGUCCACUCGGUCGGAGGUGAGGAACGACCUCCCUAUCCCGUUGCCGGGUCCAAGCGGGGCCCAAGAGCCGCCGGGGAGAGCCGAAGGGAGGGGACCGAUAGAUUUCCCAGAGUGAAACUGUGCGUCCUGGAGAGUUCAGAGGCACCCCCGCGAGCCCUGGAGGAGGUCGCUGUCGCUCGGCAAACACAAACAACAAUAAAAGGAAGGAAACCCAGGCGGCAGUGCGCAGAACGAGCGCAGGGUCCUGUGAGGGCGCGCAGGGUCCACGCGGGUCCCCCUAACAGGGUCCCCCACGUAGGCGGCGCGGGCAUGGGGCUGGGGGCGCGCGGCGCUCUCGGCGGGAGGGCGCCUGGAUUAGGAGUCGCGUCUCCCCUCGGCGCACCCCCGUCCCGCGCCAGGCCCACCCGCAGGGUCCUCUCCAGCACUCCCGCGGCCGCAGCA